CAUACACUAUCAUCCUCUUCUAUAUAUUCCUUCACGUCACUGCUCCGGCCGACUGUUACACUUUCCGGCAACUGAUCGCCGUUUUCCAUUUCUAAUCAUGUCCACCGCCAACGGUGAUGCUAAACAUAGCCGCUCCCCCUCUGUUGUCUACAGCGAAGUCCAGUCUAGCCGCCUUAAAACCUCUCUUCCUCUCCCUUCCGUACUCAAAUCCUCGUUUCAGGUCGUCGAUGGUCCUAAGAGCUCCGCCUCCGGCAAUCCAGACCAGAUCGCUAAGCUCUUCCCAAAUCUGUUCGGGCAGCCAUCAGUAUCCUUGAAGUCUGGAGGUUCAUUACCAGAGAAGAGUCUAAAGAUUGGUGUUGUUCUAUCUGGAGGACAAGCUCCUGGUGGACACAAUGUGAUUUCUGGAAUUUUUGAUUAUUUACAGACUAGGGCCCAUGGUAGCACAAUGUAUGGAUUCAAGGGUGGUCCAGCUGGAAUCAUGAAGUGUAAAUAUGUUAAGUUGAAUGGAGACAUUGUCUAUCAUUACAGAAAUCAGGGUGGAUUUGAUAUGAUAUGCAGUGGAAGGGACAAGAUUGAAACCCCUGAGCAGUUUAAAGAAGCUCAAGAAACAGUGAAGAAGCUUGAUUUGGAUGGACUUGUGGUCAUUGGUGGGGAUGACUCAAAUACAAAUGCAUGCCUACUAGCAGAAAAUUUCAGGGCUAACAACUUGAAAACUCGGGUUAUUGGAUGCCCAAAAACCAUUGAUGGUGAUUUGAAGUGUAAAGAGGUUCCAACAAGUUUUGGAUUUGACACUGCCUGCAAGAUAUAUUCAGAAAUGAUUGGAAAUUUAAUGGUGGAUGCACGUUCCACAGGGAAAUAUUAUCAUUUUGUAAGGUUAAUGGGUCGAGCUGCAUCACACAUAACACUGGAAUGUGCUUUGCAGACUCAUCCAAACAUAGCAAUCAUUGGAGAAGAGGUUGCUGCACAAAAGCAGACACUAAAGAGUGUUACAGAUUAUAUAACAAAUAUAAUCUGCAAACGUGCAGUAGCUGGUUUUAAUUAUGGCAUUAUUCUCAUACCAGAGGGCCUCAUUGAUUUCAUUCCAGAGGUGCAAUCACUUAUUGGAGAGCUUAAUGAAAUUAUAGCCCAUGGCACCAUUGAUAAAGAAGGAACAUGGAAGAAGAAACUUAGGAGCCAAUCUCAUGAACUCUUUGAAAUAUUACCAAAAACAAUUCAGGAACAGCUUUUGCUAGAAAGAGAUCCUCAUGGAAAUGUGCAGGUUGCCAAAAUUGAAACGGAAAAGAUGCUCAUUCAAAUGGUGGAAACUGAACUAGAGAACAGGAAAAAAGAAGGUAAAUAUCAAAAGGAUUUUAAAGGGCAACCACACUUUUUUGGUUAUGAAGGUAGAUGCGGUUUACCUUCAAAAUUCGACUCAAAUUACUGCUAUGCUUUGGGUCAUUGUGCUGCAGCUCUACUUCAUUCGGGAAAAACUGGAUUAAUUUCCUCGGUAGGAAAUUUGGGAGCUCCGGUUGAAAAUUGGACAAUUGGUGGGACCACAUUGACAUCUCUAAUGGAUGUGGAAAGAAGACAUGGCAAGUUUAAACCGGUUAUUAAGAAAGCAAUGGUGGAACUCGAAGGUGCUCCUUUUAAAAAGUUUGCAUCAAUGCGUGGAGAUUGGUCUCUUAAGAACCGAUAUAUUAAUCCAGGUCCUGUUCAGUUUGUUGGUCCAUCGGCUGAUAUCCUCAACCACACACUAAGGUUGGAACUUGGAGCUAAAGCUGGUGGUUAG